AUGAAAAUGCGCAAUUUUAUUAUUAAAGUAGUCAUCCUUUUAAUACAGCUUUCAUCUGUAAGUGCUGGUGAUGAUUUGAAUUUUAAUAGCUCAUACCUUAAUAUAAGUCUCCCUGUUCCACUUCAAAGUAGUAUUAAAAGCCGUAUAAGCCUGGAAAGUGAUUUUAAAUUUCUUUUUAUACGUAUUGCGCCAGUUAUAUAUCAACUUUAUUUUAUAUUUACGAAUGACCCCAAUGACGAAGUCAAAAAAUUUUCACGAUACUAUAAUGACUCUGUUCAAAUGAUUUUACCUCCUUUAUUGUUACUAGUUCCUUCUUUAAUUUCACCAUAUGAGAUAUACGAUGCUUACACUAUACGGAAUUUACAUUUUGCGUCAAUUGUAUAUUACUUUUCAAGUUCUGCUUCAUACCAUUGGGUUACUGGAAUUAUUCUUUUUUCAGUGGCAACCUCUUUGCAGUUUGCUCACAGCGAUACUAGAAAAUAUAACCAAGAGUGUUCAUUUAUAUUCAAACUUGACUGUGUAUCAAAUAAUGAGAAACAAGUUAAAAAUAACACCAAUAAUGAAGAAACUGCGCGGCGCGUCAAAGAUGAAGAAAGAUGA